GCCAGGUAUUUCUGUGCCUGGCCUAUUUCCAUGUUUGAGCACCAUCACUUCUUAGCUCCAAGAGCUGUAGAAUUCGAUAGCCCAAUAUGAAGGCCAUAUAUGCGGUACCGGUGACGGUUCUUGUUGCGUACAGAGCUUAUUCGCAUAAAUCGUUGACACCAGCGGGCAUUGUCGUCGCUGUCUUGACAGCUAUUGCGCACGCGGUCCACCCAUGGAAUCUACCGUUUGUGCUUCUUAUUGUGUUUUUCUUAGCUGGCACAAAAGUCACCAAGGUUAAGAAAGAGGCAAAGGAGAAGCUCACCAUCCAAGCCACUGGCGGUGCCGGCGGGGAAGGGCCUCGGACAUAUGUGCAAGUCCUCGCCAACUCGCUGGUAGCCACCGUCCUCUCUCUCCUCCACGCCUAUACUUUAUCCCGCGAACCAGAGGCCUGCUAUGGAUGGGGCCGGACGCUCCAGGACGUCAUCCCCAUUGGCAUAAUUGCAAACUACGCCGCUGUCGCAGCUGAUACAUUCUCCUCUGAGCUCGGGAUACUGGCUACGCAGGAUCCCCGCCUUAUUACAUCGCCGACUCUCCGACGGGUGCCCAGGGGAACAAACGGCGGGGUGACACUGUGGGGAUUAUUUGCCGGCUUCCUCGGCUCGUUGAUCGUUGUUGUCAGCGCCCUUUUCUUUAUUCCGUUUUGCCCUGCGCAACAAGGGCCCUUUGGCAAUACACUGUCCAGCCUUGAAGGUGGCACGGGAUGGGGCUGGGAGGAGAAGAAAUAUCUCGCAAUGUACCUUACGAUCUGGGGUGCGCUGGGUAGCGUUCUGGACAGUGUCCUUGGCGGACUCUUCCAACAGAGUGUCAAGGACACGCGGACGGGCCGCAUAGUUGAGGGUGAGGGCGGCAAGAAGGUACUUGUCUCCAAGGCAGACCCAAAGAGCGUGCACUACAAAAAGACGGCAGAUGUUAGAGCAGCCCUGUUUGGCCAUGAGGGGAAGAAGAGCGUGCCUGCUCGGCCAAAAGUAGAUGAGUCCCAUCCGACGAGGGUAGCUGAGUCAGGGUGGGCUAUUCUCGACAAUAACGAAGUUAAUUUCUUGAUGGCGGUGAAUAUGAGUUUAGGCGCAAUGCUUAUUGCUGCUCGGUAUUGGGAUAUUAAAUAGGUACCGCGCUUAGAAAUUAUAAUGAUGUUGUCAUUUUACAGUUCUAGUGCCGGUACUGUCUCAAGUAUAAAUCUAUAGAAGUAAUGUGGCAAAAUAUUUUCAAUAAUAUUUUUUUAAAUUUAUAAGCUAUGUAAAA